AUGGCUGAGAACCUCGACGGCUUCGUCCGCUUUUGUGGCGGUAUCAAUAAGCUCCCAGACGACGGCACCUCUACACCUAGGAUCCGACUGCUCAAAGAAGCCAUUGAGACGGACGAUUACUUUUACAUCGUGCUACAUCAGAUUCUUUGUGUGUGGUCUAUUGACAGGGAAGCCGUGUACCGCCUCCUUGGUCUUGCUCCAGACGUAGCAGAGGGUGCGCUGAGCAUCAUACAGAAUACACUCAGAAAAAAUGAAAACAUGACCCAGAGGCUAGUGCAUUUCUUCGCAGACUUCCCCAACACGCGCACCUCUGGUUUGUGGGAAACCGAAGCCUUCCGCAAGCACGCCGGCGACGUUUCCGUUUUCCUCAACAACCUCCAUGAGCAAUGGAACAGAAUUCACAUUCCGGCCAUGAGACCCCGCUCCGGUAGAGGCUACCCGAUUCUUGCGGACGAGUUGCGCUACCAGCUGAAACUUCGGUCGCCAUUACUGGAAGGCAUAUUCUUCACAGUCACCAGGCGGCACAUCGGCGUCCCUGAUGGCCCCAUCGCGGAUCAGAUGAUGACACUGUUCCGGCAAGACGCCCACGGUGAUCACGCCGGAUUGUCUGAGCAGGAACAGAGGGUCUUCCAGCAUUCAUUGAUAUCGAAGUACAAACACCUUGUGCACGAGAACGACCGAAAUCAACAACAGCAGCAGCAACAACAGCAAUUGCGGCAGCAGACUCAUCCUUCGCAGGCCACUCGAGUGCAGCAACCCAUACUCCAGCAACCCAUACUCCAGCAACAGACCAUGCCCGAGCAAGUGAGGGGGCAUUCCGCCAGCUUCUCUCCCACACAAGCGAGCGUGCCAACUCCGACGCAAAGUUCCCCCGUUGUGAGGUUCGACAUGUACCCUUCCCCGCCCGUUCAGAACCCGCAUCAGUUCCAACGUGCCUUCGCAGUUGAGGCUACGUAG